UCCGGUAGGAGGCGCCAUUCUUGGUCCCGAACAGGAAGUCUGUCUGUUGUUGACUCAUAGACCGGAAGUCCACGUCAGUGCUGAGUCCCGGACUGAAGCAGAGCCGGACCCGGACCCUGCUGGACCCACCAUGGCGGAUGAGAGCGCGCGCCGUGCCGUGUCACAGAUCCCGCUGCUGAAGACGCACGCGGGUCCGCGGGACCGCGCCUUGUGGCCGCAGCGUCUGAAGGAAGAGUAUCAGAGUCUCAUCCGGUCCGUGGAGCAGAACAAGCACGAGGACAACGACUGGUUCCGGUUAGAGUCCAACCCGGACGGCACGCGCUGGACCGGCACGUGCUGGUUCAUCCACGAGCUGCUCAGGUACGAGUUCCGGUUGGAGUUCGACAUCCCGGUGACGUAUCCGGACACGGCACCGGAAGUAGCGGUCCCGGAGCUGGACGGGAAGACGGCUAAGAUGUACCGGGGGGGCCGGAUAUGCCUCACCGACCACUUCAAGCCUCUGUGGGCGCGCAACGCCCCGCGCUUCGGGCUCGCGCACCUCAUGGCACUCGGGCUCGCGCCUUGGCUCGCGGUGGAGAUCCCGGACCUGAUCAGCAAGGGUCUCGUGGUCCACCGGGAACGUCCGCGCGAGGAGGCCCAGUGACGUCACGGACAGAACUCAUGGAUGGAGGGGGGGUCGGGGGGGGGG